CUUACACCUUACUGUGUGGUUAAAUAAAUAUUUACGUGUAAUCAAAAUGAUACUAGGAGUGAUACUUUGUGUCGCGUCUGCCCUUGCCAAAGUUAACGCAAGGGUGCGUCCAGUGCUUUGAUAAGUUCCUAAUAAUAAGUAAUAUUUAAUGAACUACUGAAUGGUGUACAAGUAAAUGCACCGCAAUGCAGUGCCGGCGGCGGUGGUUAGUCAAAAAGUAGCGCCAAAAAUUGUUGAUCAGUUGCUCAACGACCUGAGAGAAAUAGAAACAUAUCGGCAUGAAGCACUUAAAAAGGCCCUCGGAAACCCAAAAUUCAAAACAGACUCUAGUAUGGUGGAAUUUUUAUCCGUCCUAUCGUUAGUUGACUCUCUUUUCGUGGAGUACCGUAAUUACUACACUGCGAUGAACACAUUGAUCCAUUCCGAUCAGAAAUCGAAGGAUGCGCACGAGGCCAUGGAGAGCAUUAAGAGAUCCACAAAGCGGUCAUUCGAACUCGAUAAAACCAUAAAAACAAAGAGUGAAAAGCUCUACCCGCCCAAUUUAAGCGUGACAGGUCCGACGGAUCUCUUACAGGCUUUAUUUGAAAGCACUCUCGAGAAAAAUGAAGAAAUUGAAGCAGAACUUCGUACUGAAUUCUACAGUUCUCCGUUCACCAAGAAUAUGAAGGAAAUGCCGCAGAUUCCUGAAAUGGCUGAAAUUUGAUGGAAUUAGAAAAGAAUAAGAAAAGGAGGGGACAGAAUAAUACGAGAAAGAGGAGAAAAAGAAUAAAAGGAUCCUGUGGGAGAAAUAUUCAAUGAGCCUUCCUCUUGUUGCCGAAAGAAGGUGUAAGAAAUAGAGAAAAAUGCAUUAAUUUGUCAACAAAAAUUUUGAAAAUUAACUUCCUCAGCCCAAAAUAAAGACUAAAUUGCGUUUAUGAA